UUUUUGAAAUCUUGAAUGCUUCUGCCUUUCUCUCUGCAGGGAAUCAGUAUUCGACCGCUGAUUGAGUUCAUCAAUGUACGCAGAACCAACCGCAAUUUGGACACCAUCAAUGUAGAGAUCCACUGCAGGGUCAUGGAGCACACGAUGGCAGGAAUAGAGGAUCUCUGUGGGCAGUGGAGUCAUUUCUAUUGGAAGGACAAGUUCAUGAGGUUCAACAACCGAAUACUUCGUCGGAUACUUAUUCGAGACGCCAGGGCGGAAUCCAGUAUCGUGGCGCUGUACAAGAAGCUGGAGCUGCAGAAUGCCAUAGAGGUCCUGGACACAGUGUCUGGAGAAAUCAGCGCUGCUCCGUCCGUCAUCUCCCUCCAGGAGGAGCAGAAGGAAUCUUCUAAACAGAAGAUGAGUUUAAUGACUGAGGACCUUAAAAACAUGCAUAAAAUUCUGUCCAAAAAUAUGUACAAGAUCCGGCAGCGGACUGUGGCAUUCACAAGUAAGCACGCUCUGCCCAAUGACAGCCAGCCCAGAGAGAUCCUGAUUCGACGCCACGCCAGCAUCCGGCGAAGCCUCCGUCCUGGCAGCUUUCAGUCCACGAUGGUUCCAAAGUCUCAGAAAUAUUUUUCACUUCCUGCUGGACAGAGUUUAGGGUCAAAAUAUCCUUCCUCUCGACUGAGUCAUGCAGAUAAACAUGAGACAAUGUCAGAGGUAGCCUAUCCUACUCGACGCUCUCGACUCAGUCAUUCCAAACGCUCUUCGUCUGGAGCCAUGAUGCCGCUUCACAAGCUGGGAACACUAAAAGAAAUGCCCUCUACUGAUGACCUUGGCAUGCACCAAACUACCUCCUCCAACAGUGAUCCCUCUUUCCCAUCCUCCUCUCCACACCAUGGCCCUCCUGUUGACAAUAACAAUGGCUCUGCAGACAGCUUAAGGAAUGAAAAUGAGGCAGAAGAGGAAAAUGGGCUGCGGCAGCAGGAGGCUUUAUCACCACCAAGCUGGGCAGCCGAACCCAGAGACAACACGCCUCGAAACCCUCUCCUUAGGCGGCCACAUUGGAACCCAAAAAAGUAAAAUCCAACUGAACCACAUUGUUAAAAAAAACAAAAACUUCUUGUUUUAGUUUCAAAUGUGAAGGUAAAUUAACGAUGGAGGUCUUUUCAUUUCUACCUGAAGACGAAAACAUUUCGUAGGAAUACCUCGCAGAAAGAGGUGCCAUGCACAUCAGAAGCUCGGUGCAAAAUACUGACUGAACUGUUUGCCUUAUUGAUGAAAUUUGAGCUUGUAUUUUAGCUAUUAUUCUUUCUAUGAGGAUUUUUUUUAUUGUUUUAAA